AUAAUAAUGGUAUCUCUGUGUCUUGCCAAUCAGUUCUGAGAGAUGAAAAGUGAGCUUAAUUAUCCGGUCAAUAUUCGCUUUUCUAUGUAACUUGCAAAAGCCAAUAAAUGCUGUGAAAGUACAACUAUUGUACUAAAUAGCAUAACUGCCUCUCUUCUCGGCCACCUGUAUCGCAGCUAUGGYCCUGGGACCAGAGGAUAUUAGGAAUAUACUGAAACUACUUCUCCCGAGAGACCUCUCCUAAUUACACAUGAUUACACGAUAUGCUCCACUUGUCUCAUGCAUGGUUGAUUUACCACUCGAAGUAAAUUUGAAUACUAACACAUGCAUAGAUAUAAGCUGUCUACAUCGCCUUCAAAAUCCAACCCUUUUUACGUUACCCUUGACUCAUCAAUUAGAGCUGGCAGAACAGARGUUGGAAGGCUUUUAGCCUUCUUGUCUUACGUCGACAACUUCGACAUACACUGGACUCUCGACAAUAAUAAUGUGUCUCGGAUUAGAGGACAUCCAUCCUAAAAACUUUCAACUGCGAUUUCCUUUCUUAAGGGCCUUUUCGACUUCUCCGUGGUUACCUAUACUUGUAUUCAUCUUUUAUCGUCUGGCCGUUGGGCUGUUCUGCCUGGCAUGGCUUAUCGUCAGUUUCUUCCAAACGGAUGGGAAAUGGUUCCUCUAUAUUAGCAAUUGGAUCUUCUUGUCUAUAGCCAUCUACUUCAUCGUGGGCACACUCUUAUCCAUCGCUUACAGCUGCUCGGACGAGGCCAAGUACCUUAGUAAGAUGAAAAGUACUCGCUGGGGCGCGGAACCGUACAUAGAGGGAUUUUCUGGGGACGAAAUGCCUGCCCGAAACCAACCACAUUGGUCACAGGAGCAAGACGACAGGUUAACGUUGCCUUAUAAAGUCUUUUGGAUCGUGUUUACUAUCGCAAGCGUCGGUUCUCUGCAAGUUACGCUGAUCUACUUGUUGAUAUUCCAAAAAAACAUCGACACCACCGAUGCUAGCUUGGUUAUCAUGAACUCAGUGUUCGUGACCGUSGAGCUCCUGAUWAGCAACAUCCCAGUGAUUCUUUUGCACUUUUUUUAUUCCCAUGUUUUCCAAUCCAUCUAUAUUCUCUUCACAUUCAUUUACUGGGCUAUAGGGGGAACCAGUGAAGGCAAGAGCUACAUUUAUAGGGCCUUGGAUUAUGGGGAGGAUCCUGCUUGGGCUUGUAUUAUAGUGUUUCUGUACCUCGUGAUWUUCCAGAUAUUUGCUCAUCUUUACUGCUAUCUUCUGUUCACUUUUAGAAAGUGGCUCGUUCGUAACUGGUACGCAAAAAAUUAGAAUUAUUUGUACUUCGUAAUUACAGUUUAAUCUGAUAUGCAGUCAAAAAACAAAACAACAACAAACAAAUCAAGUCAAAAUACUAUAUAAACAAAUAGAUUUAAAUGAAAUAAUAAAUCAAAAUAAGUAAAUGAAACUGAGUAUUUGCAAGUGGAAGGAGGAUCAAAAUUGAUAGACCUUGAGUGGUGAUAUAAACAUCAGUCCGCCAUAUUGGAUCUGCAAUGUUUACCAAAGUAUAUUAUACGAAAUCGAUACUCAUAAUGGACAUAAUUAAAUUAAAACCCCGAAUAAUCUAAUCAUUUAUUGAAACGCGAUUUCCAUAUAUUGUGUAUGUUUUAACAAUGUACAACAUCAAUAACAUACUCACUAUUACGCAAAUACGCAUCGGCGUAUUUUUUUAGGAAUUGAUUUUUUCAUGUUUGCAUUCACAAAACAUGAAGCCAAUUAAUAUCAAAUAAGUAAUAAGUAAUAAGUAAUAUCUAUAGGCAAACCAGCCCGUGAGACUGCACCAGGAAAAGACAAAACGCAUUUCUGAUUUUUGUAGAGUUUUGGGGGUCAUAUGGAAUCAUUCGUACUUGCAAAAAAUUCCCACAGUACGCCCCUGUAUGUAAUCAUUUCUGGAGCAUGCGUCAAGAGUGGAAAUUAGCACUUGCACACUCAAUCGGAGGAUCGUGCGGGGUCAUAGAACAUAGAAAGUGAUUGUCAGACAGGGUACAUGUGGAGUACGGCAAUGAUAUGAAUCAAUAUAAUACACAAAUUACUAACUUAUUUUAUAAUCAAGGUUGUUUUCAUUUACAAAUGAUUGUAAGGAGGACACCAAUCAUUAGCAGACCUAAAUUAAAAUUAUAAUAAUAUUAUCCAGGUACUCUUUCGACCUCACCWUCUAUGUUCAGUCAUCUUGAACAACACUGUGUAUUCCGCUUAGUUCGUGGCUGUACAUUCUAGUGUCGUUAAAAUGUGAUAAAGAUAUAUGAAUAGAAUUAAAAUAAUCACUUUUCCA